CUGUGAGGAAAUAAAGUAAGAAAGCGUCAAAGUUUCCGUCUGAUAUUUGUGUUUAGAAGAGAGUGUGUGAUCAAUUGCCAGAAUCCUUACCAUUCUUCUUCCUAUUCCUCUCUUACAAAUGAGAGACUUAACAUCUUGCUUCAGCGAAUACGCACUUCAGAUUUCCGAUACAUCGUGCUCGGCCUACUCACCCAAUUCCUGCAUUUCCCCAAACCUAACCCCUUCCCUUCUAAAUGCCGUUACCUCUCUCUACAAAACAACUCUCUCCAACCACAGCCACAUUCCGGUGACGCUGACGUGGACCCGGAACACCCUCUCGCAGUCGCAGGGCCUCACCAUCUCCUUCGGCGACGACCAAUCCACCUUCAAACUCACCACCAAUUCCCGAAUCUUCCGCAAGCUCAAGGGCGCCAAAACCCUCGAUUUCCACGGCACCGCAAUCGAGAUCUUCUACGAUCUCUCCGCCGCCCGCUACGACUCCGGCCCGGAGCCAAUCGACGGCUUCUACCUCUUCAUCGCCCUCGAUUCCGAGCUCGGCCCCAUCCUCGGCGACAUUGCGCCGGAGGCCUAUCUCCGGAGACUCAAAUCGGGGGCCCGAAUCGCGAAAUUCUCCCUCGUCUCGCGGCAGGAGCACUUCUCCGGAAACACGCUCUACUCCACCAAGGCCCGAUUCCGCGAGGGCGGGGCGGCGCACGACGUCGUGAUCCAAUGCGGGGGCGAGAGCGAGGGUUUGAAGCACCCGGUGCUGUCGGUGUUUAUUGAUAAGAAGACGGUGAUAAGGGUGAAGAGGCUGCAGUGGAAUUUCAGGGGGAAUCAGACCAUUUUUCUGGACGGAUUGCUGGUGGAUUUGAUGUGGGAUGUGUACGACUGGUUUUGCAUCCCGGGCUCGGGGGCGGUGUUUAUGUUCAGGACUAGGAGCGGGAUGGAUAGCAGAUUAUGGCUGGAGGAGAAGAUGGUGCGGAAAGAUCAGGAUAAGCAUGAUUUUUCAUUCUUCAUCUUCGCAUGUAAGAAUCUUUGAUUUUUUUAUUUUUAAUUUCGGGGGUGGAAAUAAAUUUUGGCUGUUCAAUACUCGUGAAAAAGGGAAUAGGAGCUUACUUCAAUUUGAUUUUUAUUUUAUUUUAUUUUUCGUUGCAAUUUGUGUUUGUGUAGUUUCAGUGUGAAGAUGUGUAGAUUGGAAUAUUCUCUAUACUCCAUGUUGUUGUGUGGUUUUUGAAGAUUGAAAAUAAAGUAGUUCAAUCUUCACUAUUUUCAUGACAAUAAAUCAUUCUUCAAGGCUUCGCAUCUUUGUAUGCCGCUGCCACUUGUAUAA